AUGGCGGUGCACUCAUCUGCUGCUACCUCUGCGACAUCACGACCAGGUGAUCAGAUAGAGUGCAGUGGCAAAGAUGCUGAAAGUGUUAUAGCCGAAGACAAACAGGACUUGCUGAUGGAUAAACGAGCUACCGGUGUUGGACAGCAGGCCACCAGCGUCGAUCCGAGCACGCAACGGAACAAAAGGUUCUCGAGACGACAGAAAGUGUUUCUAGGAGGGUGCUUCAUAGCGAAUGUCGCCUCUAUUUUCUUAGCUAUCGCCAUGCCUCUCGCUUUCUUCACAGAAGAAGUGCUGAGCAGCUUUCCAACUCAGGGUAUUGACCGUCAUCUGGUCGUAGGAAUUGCGUUUUCGUCAACAACCUUAAUGGAAGCUCUUGUUGCUCCGGUAAUUGCAGCGGAUCUGCACAAUGCAGGUGCAGUGAAUGUUCUAGUUUUGAGCUCGUUUCUGAUCAGUGGUGCAGUGCUACUAUUUGGAUUUCUCAACCAGAUCAAAACUUGGAGUGCAUUUGCAACUUUAGCAAUAUCACUUAGAACUCUGCAAGGUAUUGGGAGUGGUGCAAAUGUCACAACGACUUACGCCCUCUUCGUAUACACGUUUCCAGAAUCAACCGGAAUGGUGAACGGCGUCAUGCGCUCUGUAACCGGCUUUGCAUUUGCCGUAGCACCGGUCUUUGGUGGAGCUCUUUAUGAUGCUGGUGGAUUUGGCCUGCCAUACUUCGUAAUGGCAGGUACUCUGGGCACUACAACCCUCCUGAAUAUACUCCUGCUCUUACUCGUCGGGAAUGACGUAGAUCCUGCCGAUGACAACCACAGCAAGCAAACACAGUCGCGACGUGGAAAGGGCGAAGUAACGUUCAAAUACAUCCUGAGUGUACCGUGGGUGUGGAUGUGCCUGAUGUUACUAUCCAUGUGUGGUAUAUUGGCGGGGAUGUUUGAGGCCACCAUCUCCCCGUACAUGAAGGAUUCGUUUGGAACGUCGUCCAGCCAGGGUGGGGCAGCAAUACUGCUGUUUGCACUCUUGUUCUCGGCUGCUUCCUUGUUCUGUGGCUACGCUAUGGACAAAUGGAUAAGCCCAAGAAACAUGUGUGUAUUUGGACUGUGCAUGGCCGUUCUCUCCUUUCUACUCUACGGACCUGCAUCCAUAUUACCUAUUAGACCAUCCGUGGCGUUGGCUUACAUUUCAGGCAUACCGGUUGGAGUAGCUGCUGGAACAAUGCAAACUGCAGCACCAGAGGACAUGCUGCGCACGUUGCUUCGUCGUAAUGUGGGAGAUACGUUUGUUGUAAGUGCGUAUGUUGGCGCCAUCACGCAAGGAGUCGUGUCGCUUGUAUACACGCCUGGACUCCUCUUGGGACCUGUUCUGGUAGCGGUGGUUGGGCUGCGCAGGCUUUCGUCACUCAUGUUGGCAGUAUACGUGGCGCUGAGUCUCAUCUUUCUCGUCGGGUACCUAAAAAAGCGCAAAUCAGAGAGGCAGCAGGACGAAACUCGUGAUGAUACCCAUCAUAAUAAUACAUGUGACCCAGCUGUGAACGUCACUGAACAAACAGAAAUGAUACCGCUGGUAACUGCCGAUCAACACAAAGCCCAAGUGAAAUGA